UCGAGCAGAGAAAACUUAUCGAAGAGGAGCUCAGCCAAGACAAGACGGAAUCAUGUCUGACAUCAAUAUCAACCUGCAAUGCGCCGCAUGCAACCAUCGCCGAACAGUCCUGUACUACGCAAAUCCACUGGCUUGGGGUCGUCCUUGUCGCCAGUGCCGCAGGAUGAUGUCCCGAAAUGUUGUGGUAGUCCCCACUCAGGUGGGAGUACCAGUUGCCACCAAUAACAUCACCACCACAACUACUUUUGUACCAGUUGCCGUGUCCACCCGCUAACUGGAAAAAUAAAAAUAAAAUAGAACUUCUGAAACAGUA